GGAGACGGUGCCCCAGCAGAGCCUCCGCCCCAACUGGGAGUUGGCCAAAAUCACUGAAGCAGCCAAGAGCUCGAACCUGCAACGGGUCAGAGAGGUGGAAGGAGGGGAGAACUUGUGUGAGAAGCACCAGGAACCCCUGAAGCUCUUCUGCAAAGAUGAGGAAAAGCUUAUCUGCGUAGUGUGUGACAGGUCCAAGGUGCACCGUGAGCAUUCUGUGGUUCCCAUGGAUGAGGCUGCCCAGGAGUACAAGGUUCCAGCCAUGAGCAGAGGUUUAGAGAAGAACAAGAAGCAGCAGAUGCAUAUGAUUUCUCACCACCACAAUCCCCAG